AUGGAAGACAUGUCUCCAGCAGUUGCAGUGACACUUAGUUUAGGUAAUUCUAUAUGUGAUAAUUCUGGAAUUGCAGCCAAUGUGGAGUUCACAUGGCUAAAGCUAGUAACAGACCCUGGAAGUUUGUCAUCAGAUUCCAUUAAGGCAGUGCCUUUAGAGUCAGUUUCGUGCAGCAAUGGAAGUUGCAAUGAUAUACAAAGUCACGCUACUGUGGUGGCCAUGUCAUCACAAGAAGAUAAUGGUGGAGAGGGAGAGGGUUUGUUAAACAUGCUACCAGAGAAUGGAAACACUUCUGUUAGUAAUGAUGCCAUGGUUCAAGAAAGUGAGGGAGGUGAAAUCUUAUCCUUUAGAUAUGAUACUAAUGGAGUUGAUAGUGAGGAAUUGCUUAAGUUAGAGGUGGGGUCUGCAAUAAGCUUGCCAGAUGUUGUGGAGAUAGGAAAUACCGUCGAAGGUAAGAUUGUUGCAAAAGCCAUUGUCUUGGUAGAAUCAGCUCUUGGGAAAAUGCCUUCGGGUGAAGUCAUUGUUGCAGCAGUUAGCUCGGCUUCUGAGUUAUCAGAUAAGUCUGAAUUAACAACCUCUACAGUACUUAUCCAGUCAAAUGGGGAGAAGAAUGUCAGUAAAGCAAGUAUCCGGAGUGUUUUUGAGCUGGACUGUAUUCCCCUCUGGGGUUCUGUAUCAAUUUGUGGAAGAAGACCAGAAAUGGAGGAUGCAAUUGCUGCUGUUCCUCGUUUUAUUAAUAUUCCAAUUAAAAUGCUCAUUGGGAAUCAAUUGUAUAAUGGAAUGAGCCAAAGUUUGACCCACCUAACCAGUCACUUUUUUGGCAUUUAUGAUGGCCAUGGGGGCCCUCAGGUUGCUAACUAUUGUAGUGAGCGGCUCCAUUUGGCUUUGGCUGAAGAGCUUGGAGUCAUUAAAGACGAUUUGAGUGAUGGAACUGUGGGAGAAAGUCAGCAGGUGCAGUGGGAGAAAGCAUUCACUAAUUGUUUUCAGAGGGUUGAUGAUGAGAUUGAAGGAAAAGUUAGCGGAAACAUCAUCAAAAGUGAUGGAAAUGCUUCCGAGGCUAGCUUUGAACCUAUUGCUACAGAAACUGUUGGGUCUACAGCUGUGGUUGCAUUAGUCUGUUCAUCCCAUAUUAUAGUUGCAAACUGUGGUGAUUCAAGAGCAGUUCUAUGUCGUGGCAAACAAGCCAUAGCGUUAUCAGUCGACCAUAAACCAAACAGAGAAGAUGAAUAUGCAAGGAUUGAGGCAGCUGGUGGCAAGGUGAUACAGUGGAAUGGACAUCGUGUUUUUGGAGUUCUUGCAAUGUCGAGGUCCAUUGGGGAUAGGUAUCUGAAACCGUGGAUAAUUCCAGAACCAGAAGUGAUGAAUGUCCCUCGAGCUAGAGAUGAUGAAUGCCUUAUUUUGGCUAGUGAUGGUCUAUGGGAUGUCAUGACAAACGAGGAAGUUUGUGAAGUGGCUCGACGGCGCAUUCUGCUCUGGCACAAAAAGAACGGAGUUACAGCUCUUGCGGAAAGGGGAGCUGGAGUUGAUCCAGCAGCUCAGGAAGCGGCUGCCUACCUUUCAACGCUUGCCCUCCAAAAGGGAAGCAGGGACAACAUAUCUGUGAUUGUGGUGGACUUGAAAGCUCAAAGAAAGUUCAAGAGUAAAUCCUAA